AUGAAUUCGACAAACACGCCGUUUUCGGUUCAAACAGCAUUGGCAUCAAGAGUUCACCGUGGAAACAAGAACAAGGAAGGAACUCACAUUAACCUUAAGGGUUUUGCCAUUGGUAACGGGUUGACCAACCCAAAGAUCCAGUAUGCUGCAUACGCGGAUUACGCGCUAGAUAUGAAGUUGAUCUCACAAUCUGACCACCAUAACCUUAAUCGUGAUUAUGAAGCUUGUCAACAAUCCAUCAAAGAAUGCAGCGCUGAUGGUGGUGAAGCAUGUGCGUCUUCAUACAUUGUAUGCAACAACAUAUUCCAAAAGAUCAUGAAUAUAGCUGGAAACGUUAAUUAUUACGACGUGAGGAAACAAUGCAAAGGAAGCUUGUGCUAUGAUUUCUCGAACAUGGAGAAGUUCUUGAACCAAAAAUCCGUUCGCAAGGCAUUAGGUGUGGGAGAUAUAGAGUUCGUGUCUUGCAGUACGGCCGUCUAUGAUGCAAUGCAGCUGGACUGGAUGCGGAAUCUUGAGGUCGUGAUUCCAGCUCUGCUUGAAGAUGGGAUUAAGAUGCUUAUCUAUGCUGGAGAAUAUGAUCUCAUCUGCAAUCAAGAACUCACUAUAUUUAAUAUGUUGUUUAUGUACUUUACAGGAAACUCGAAAUGGGUUCACGAGAUGGAAUGGUCAGGCCAAAAAGAUUUUGUAGCAGCUUCGACGUUUCCUUUCCAUGUAGAUAAUAAAGAAGCCGGAUUAAUGAAGAAUCAUGGUUCACUCACUUUCCUCAAGGUCCACGAUGCCGGACACAUGGUUCCAAUGGAUCAGCCAAAAGCAGCAUUGCAAAUGCUUCAGGAUUGGAUGCAAGGAAAGCUCGGUACACCCACCGGUCGAACCGCUCGCCAAUGA